AUGGAGACUUAUUCCUCUACUAUCAACUUUGUUGCACUCCUCAUGUUCUUCUCCUUCCUUUUUAUUCUAUUUGGCAAAUGGAGAAAAUCAGAACAAAAGUUGCCUCCCGGUCCAUGGAGACUCCCACUUAUUGGAAGUAUCCAUCACUUGAGAGGAGCAUUUCCACAUCGCACUCUUAGAAAGUUAGCACGAAAGUAUGGGCCUAUCAUGUAUUUGCAACUUGGAAAAAUUCCUGCAGUAGUCAUAUCAUCACCUAUUGUGGCUAAAGAAGUUUUCAACAUUCACGAACAUGCCUUCGCUGUUAAACCACAACUAACAUCCAUAAAUAUUAUUACUUACAAUGGUAAGGACAUUGAAUUUGCACCAUAUGGUGACAAUUGGAGACAAAUGC